AUGGGCGCCGCGGCAGGGAAGGCCGUCGAAGACUUGGCAUCUGCUGCUGAUGGGACAACAACGCGAGCGGAGGAUCGGCUCGCCGUCGCUGAGCGCGUCAUCCUCGAGUUCGAGCGCCGCCGCUCAUCCUGCGACGGCUCCGACGUCGGCAUAUGGGACGCGCAGGCGACCUGCACCAACCAGGGCCUCCUCGCCGCGGUCGACGAGAUAGUCUUCCUCAAGGAGAUGCACGCGUUCCCCAUGGCCUCACCCGCCGGCCGCCGCAUGGACGGCGCCCUCCGGGCCGCCAUGUUCUUGUCGAUUCUCCAACUCCAAGUGGGAUGCUCUCCGGAGGCCGAGACCGGCGAGUCGAUCAGCUAUGAGAACGCCGAGUGGUGGACGGCGGAGGACAUGAUCCGGCGGUGGAUCCUGGCGACCAAACUGGUGGAGAAGGCCCUCGUUACUAUGCAAACGCAGCUCCACGCGCAGAGCAACGGCGCCUUCGACAGGUUCAAGAACGACUACAUCAUGGCCAUGGCGAAGCGGAGAUCCUACAUCCUGCUCAGAUUCGCAGACGGGUUCACCAGCACGCGCUCGCCGGAGAAGCUCAUGUACGUCCUGGAAAUGUACGAGGUCCUUGGCAGCGCUGUCCCUGGGCUCGUGCUCGUGCUCACCGGGCAGCACAAGGAGCUCUUCUCCCGGCAGGUCGAGGUGGUUCUCGCAAAGCUGGCGCGCGCGCUGAGGGCCAUGAUCGGCGGUGCCGUCACAAAGGUCCGAGCCGGCGGGAGCUCUGGGACGCAGGGCGAGACGCGCGGGGUCGGCGCCGGCGUCCAUCCGCUGACGCGGUAUGCCGUGUCCUGCAUCGAGUCGCUGGCACCGCACCGCGGCGCGCUGGAUGUGAUCCUCGCGAGCACGGGCGGCAUCCUCGAGGGCGUGAACUCGUUCGGCGAUCUCUUCUCGGAGCUAGUCGCGUCCCUGGAGCCCAAGCUGGAGGAGAUAUCCACCCUCCGCGGCGAGGAAGGAGGCGGCCUGCGGCACCUCUUCCUGGCCAACAACACCAGCUUCGUGCUGAAACGCGCCGGCGCGAUCGGGGGAGACGACGAGUGGGCCGCGUGCCGCCGGAGCCGAGUCGAGCAGCACGUGGCGGGCUACGUCGAGGCCUCCUGGGCGCCGGUCGUGGCCUGCCUCGAGGCCGGCAAGCCCGCCACCAAGGCGCUGGCCAAGUUCAACGCCGCGCUCGAUAAAGCGUACAGCGGCCACGUACGCUGCGAGGUCUCGGACCCCGAGCUCAGGGCGGCGCUGCGGAAGGCCGUGUCGGAGAACGUCGUCGGUGCUUAUGGCGCGUAUCUGCUGGAGCACCCCAAGCUUGGCAGAUCAGGUUACAGACCUGGGCGACAGGGGCCGGUGAACCACGGCGACCGCGCCGGCAAAAGAUCGCGGCCUGUGGACAAGCAGCAGAAGCACCUCUAUCUUGUUCUAGACGACUGGAUCAGGGGCUUCACCAUCCGCAAGAUCAACAUCGACGCCAUGGACAGCGGCCCCGACCUGGACCUGGAGCCCGCACCUGUUUAUCCCGUGAACUUCACCGCUCUGGGCAGCAACAUCUUCAUCGCGAGCAACAGGCACCCCGGCACCAUGGUGUACGACACGGAGACGGGCGGGCUGGCCAUCGGCCCUCUCCUCCCGGACCCGCUGCUCGGCGGCACCCGCGUCUUCGCGGCCACCGGCGACACGCAGCAGCUGUACGCGCUGAAGUACAGAAUCUGUGACAUGCAGCAGGCCUUCGAGGUGAUGUCCACGGCCUGCGUCGAGGAUUGGCAUCCCACCUCUUUCCCAAACCCAAGCCAGGACUGGUCGUGGGCAACCGUCCCGUCGCCACCGCCAUUCCCCAAGGAUUCCCUGAUCACCGCCUACGCCAUGCACCCGGACGGACGCGCUCUCUUCGUGUCUUGUGGAAGCAACCACGACACACACCACCACCACACCUACUCCUUCGACACCAAGAACCAUAAAUGGAGGUCUCAUGGCGACUGGGCGUUGCCUUUCCAAAAUCAGGGCUACUUCGACGGCGAGCUGGACGCGUGGGUCGGCCUUCGCAAGGACGGCUACGUCUGCGCCUGCCGGGUGCCGUCCCGCAGCAGAACGCUCGCCGCGCAGCCGGACUGGAAGAUGGCAAAGGACGAGCUCUUCCUCGAGCACCCGGGGAGCAUGGGUGCCACCCUCACGUACAUGGCGAACGCCAGGUUUUGCCUUGUGGAGACGGAGGAACUGGAGUUUGACGGCUUCAUGCUCUAUAUCACCAUUUUUGGUCUCAAGUACAACCAUGAGGGAGAGCUGCAACCCACUGCCCGUCGCACCACCAAAUCAUGUCGACUGCAUAGGAAUCUCCUGCAGUUUUCUCCUGUGGCGUUCUGGUUAUAG